CGCGCGUCAGCCGACUUGCUUGAAGUCACCAUACCUUUCUUCACGCCCUUUCAGAUUUAUUGUCCCGGACUCAUAACACUCUAUACCCAGCAACCAUCCACCUACGCCUGACACUCAAUUCACAUCCUCGUAUCUAGAUUCGCACCAAUUUUGCGACUGUUCACAAUCGCCAUGACAUCUAUUGGUACUGGUUAUGAUCUUUCAAACUCGGUGUUUUCGCCCGAUGGCCGUAACUUUCAGGUGGAAUAUGCGGUCAAAGCCGUUGAGAAUGGGGGAACAGCCGUUGGCCUCAGAUGCAAAGAUGGCGUCGUACUGGCGGUGGAGAAGAUUAUCAGCAGCAAGCUUCUGAAGCCUGGCGCGAAUAAGAGGAUAGCAACAGUUGAUCGCCAUGUCGGCAUUGUCUCGGCAGGAUUAGUUCCCGACGGUCGGCAUUUCGUCUCGCGAGCUCGAGACGAGGCUUCCUCGUGGAGAAAUGUGUACAAGGGACCUAUACCAGUCUCCGCUCUAUCGAACCGGCUCGGCAGCUACGUACAGGCUUACACACUCUAUUCGAGCGUGAGGCCCUUUGGAGUAACUGCUAUAGUCGGAGGCUGGGACUCUGAAGCGGAGCUUGCGGUUGACGGUCAAGUUGGAAGCGGACCUAAAGCCGGUUCUGGCGGCAAGGUUGAGGGUGCAAAAGCCGGAGGUCCAGGCUUAUACAUGAUCGAGCCGAGUGGUUUGUAUUGGGGUUACUAUGGCGCCGCAACUGGAAAGGGCAGACAGGCGGCGAAGGCUGAGCUGGAGAAACUGGACCUAAGUGCCGGCAGUCUCAGUCUCAUUGAUGGCGUGAAAGAGGCAGCUCGCAUUAUCUACGUCGCCCAUGAAGACAGUAAGGACAAGGACUUUGAACUCGAAAUGACUUGGAUUAGUUCACUAGAUGGUCCAACGCAAGGAAGACACGAAGAGGUACCCAAGGAGCUGCUGGAAGAAGCCGAGCGGGCGGCAAAAGCGGCUCUCGAGGGAGAUGACGAGGAAGAUGAUGCGGCGAAGGGCGACGCUGUCGACAACGAACGCAUGCAAGAGUGAGGUUUUCAGGUUCCAAAUCAAUAGAUAAGUAGGCGAACUCCGCGAGGAUUGACGGCUUGUCUUCGAUAUCUCAACCUAUCACGAUAAAUGGGAUGGCCCUUCCUUGACAUCGAUCUAGUAAAUAAGGCUUCAUCUGCUAAGAUAUUCAUCGAUUGUUACCCUCGAUCAAGAACAGGAAGAGGUUCUUUCCAUUUCGGGCCAUAUGCCUUGAGUAACCGCUUGAU